GUUGCUACUGCGCGUGCGCGGGGGCGCGAAAAGCCCAAUUCAAAACGUCCGGUCCGCGCCGAGAAAUCGCGAACUGAGCCUGCCAGGCAUGGCAACAGCUGAGGCAGCCUUGCUGCGGCAAUGCCCGCUUCUCCUUCCCCAGAACCGGGAGAAAACUAUUUACGAGGGAUUCAUUUCAGCUCAGGGGAAAGACUUCCAUGUUAAAAUACUGUUACCUGAAGAUCUUCAAAUAAAAAAUGCAAGAAUACUCUGUAGUUGGCAGCUGAAGACAAUAUUAGAUGGAUAUCAUCACAUAUUAAACCAAAGAUUGCAGUACUCUCCUGACCUGGUGAGCUUUAUGAUGGAGUUGAAGAUGAUUUUGGAAGUUGCACUGAAGAAUAAACAAGAGCUAUAUGCACCGCCACCUCCUCCUCAGUACUACUCAUGUCUUGUUGAAGAAAUAGAAGCACUGGGUUGGGAUAAACUUGUGUAUGUGGAUACUUCCUUUAGUACCAUCAAGCUGAAAGCCAAAGAUACUUCUGGGAGAGAACAUCUAAUCACUCUCAAGCUGAAGGCAAAGUAUCCGAUGGAAUCACCAGAGUGCUAUGUGGAUUUACCGCUUCCUUUUUCUGUUUCCUGGACACCACAGAGUUCAUUGUCAAAUAUUCAUAGUCAGUUUUUGGUGGCCUUAGAAUCACUGAAGCCAUUCUGGGAUGUCAUGGAUGAAAUUGAUCAAAAGACUUGGAUUCUUGAGCCAGAAAAACCCACAAGGAGUGCAACAAUGAGAAGAAUUGCAAUAGGAAAUAAUGUUUCAAUAAAUAUCGAUGUAGACCCCAGGCAUCCCACAAUGCUUCCUGAAUGUUUCUUUCUUGGUGCUGAUCAUGUGGUGAAACCCCUGGGAAUUAAGCUGAGCAAGAAUAUACAUAUGUGGGAUCCAGAAAAUAGCCUGUUGCAAAAUUUGAAAAAUGUUUUAGAAAUAGAAUUUCCAGUCUGUACUAUCCUGGAAAAAUCUGACUUCACAAUGGAUUGUGGAAUUUGUUAUGCUUAUCGUCUGGAAGGUGCCAUCCCAGAUCAAGUGUGUGAUAAUUCCCAGUGUGGCCAGCCCUUCCAUCAGACCUGCUUAUAUGAGUGGUUGAGAGGUCUGCUAACCAGCAGGCAGAGUUUUAACAUCAUCUUUGGUGAAUGCCCGUACUGUAGUAAGCCAAUUACAUUGAAAAUGUCUGGAAGGAAACCCUGAAACAAGAACUUGAAACAUUUCUUCAGUAAAGAAGAAGAAAUUAAGAAAAUAACCAGAAGGAAUUUAAGCUGCUAUCUUCAAAGAAAAUACAAAGAAAGAACUACUAAAAUCAAAAGAAAAAAUAUGGUUAAACCAUAAUGGAAAACAUCUGCCUUGGUCUCUUCACUGAGUGUAAGCUGGGAAAUAGUGGACCAAAACCCUGUUGUUUGAUAUUUUUUGAAGUUCGUAACCUUGGCAUUGAGGUGAGUGGGCAUGUCAUAGGAAUAAGAAGAUGAGCGUUUCCUGGAUAUGCUCAGGCUGGGAAAAUCUUGAUGUCGUCCACAAAAUGAGCUUGAAAAAUCCUCAGAGCUGGUUUUACUGGGGAGCUCUUUUACCCCUGACAAAAAUUCUUGAUGGUGCUGAUAUUUGUUUCUUCUCACUGUGCUUUCCUAUAUAAGAAUAAAUACAUAUUUAAUUAACAUAUUUAUAAUAAUACUAAACAAACGAUUAUGCAGCAAAAAUAUCUUCAUGUAUUUUUUUAAAAAUUUCCCCAAACCUUCUGAAUAAAAAUACUGGCUACAGAGAAUUUAGAUGGGGGGGAAAAAAGUGUUCUGUGGCUUUUUUAUAUCCUAUUUUUUUUUAAAUUUUCAUUAAACUUUUCAACACAAGGGAUAUGCUUAACAAUUACUUGUAACAUUAAUACAUGUAGCUGUUUUGUGACUAGGAAUGCCAAAUUACUAGAUGUCAUUCUGUACAGUUUAAUUUUUAUAUUGAAAUGAUUUACAUAAAAACUUCUGGAAUUUUGA